UUUGUUAUUGUCUCUGGUUCCCUCUGCAAAGUCUACGACCUUUUGUCCAGACUUGAUGGAAGGCAAACACUUUGAAAUCCAUUGUCUGUGUUGAAGUGACCAGCAUCAGUUAUAUUUCAAAUUUAGUAUUACUGAAUCCUCACCAUCAUCAGCACCUAAUAUUGUAUUCUUGAAUAGUGAACCUAUUCUGUAAUAGUGUACUCAUAAUUUUGCUCAGUAUAUUCUGUUCAACCGAUCAAUUCUAUGAAAUUAUAAGAUUAUUGCCAAAAAUCAAUUUUAUCGAUCAACCCGUUAUUGGAGUAAUCAAUCAUUGAUUUUAACAGUACUCAUUUAGCUGUUUCUUUGUGAAACAAAAUUUCAAGACUAUGGAAAUUAUGGCUUCGUCAAGCGAUACCCACUUUUCUCUAUUUGCAAGCACUUACGACUCUAUCGAGUCACCGCAGUAUAUCUCCUUUGCUGAUAACAUCCCAGAGGCAAAGGAUUCAUUUUUUGAUCGCAGAAAUCAAGACCUUUCAUCGAAGCAACUGACUAAUAAACAUUAUCAGACACUGCCCAAUGACGUUUCGGACGAUUUUAUAAGACCGUUAGAAAAGAUAGGGCUGAAGAAUCCCACCAAAGAACAGGAAAAAAUUAUCACAAGCACCCCAUUUCGCGUUCAAGGUCUCGAGCCUUUCCCAUGGAGGGUGAAUAGCAAGCCUCAGGCUGCACCAAAUCUCGAUAAACAGAAAACCGGUAUAAAGAUGCAACCUUUUAGCUUUGAUGAGCGCAACAAGCAGCUUCAGCAGCGAAAAAUUGAGCGUAUUAAGACGGUGUUACAAGCAGAAAAAGAUGCGCGAAAAUUUCGAGCUAACCCAGUUCCGAAAUUCUUGCAAAAAAUAUCAAUUAAUACCAAUACAACUGACAUGACUAUAAAUUCCAAAUUAAAACAUAAAUGUGCUACGGAGAACUCGGAUUCAGCACCGCCAAAAUUCAGAGCAAGAUCACCUAAGGUCCUGCGGCGACCUCCCUUCAAACCGAUAGUGCCAAAGCAACCUCUAAUGCUGCCAUCAUCGCCCAUUCUCAAUUCUGAACAAAGAGCAAAAGAAAGAAAGAUUUUUGACAAUUAUUUGAAGAAUAAGGAGCAGCUAGAAGCAGAGCUGAAACAAUUGAAGGAAGCUGCGCUGAAAAAACGGGAGGAAGAAGAGAUCCUAAAAAUGAGGAAGAAAAUGGUGCCAAAAGCUCAGCCGAUUCGAUAUUUUAAAAGUGUACAAGUAGCCCAGGUAGCUAAGCGUCCUCUGACUGAGCCAAUCACUCCGGCCGUAAUUAAACGACAGCGGCGCUAACUGUUCUACAAUUUUUUUUCUUUGCAUUAUUAAUUAUUUGUAAUUAACAUAAUAAUAAAGACUACUGUACCUAAUAUCCUAGUGUAAUCAUAAUAUAUAAUAAUAAUAAAUAUUACGUAAAUCUUGGAUCAAUUCUUCAUAACAGUAAGAUUAACGUUUAGUUGUACAAGUCACCAACCUUCUUCCUAGCAUUCUUCUUUGGUGACUCGUUAACCACAGAUACCUCCAAGAAUAUCAGCGAUAACUUGGUAAAUUGUCGUCAUUUUUUAAUAAUUAUGCACAACGAAAUAAAACAUUUGAGGGUAACCAGUUUUAUUGUCGUUCAACCUGUCUUCAAUAAGAUUCUUCAAUAUAUUGACCGGUAUUUAAUUACGAGUAUACGGUUUUACGAACGGAAUGACAAACACUAAGGUAGUUUACCCGACGUGUAGAAAGCGAAAAAAAAAAGUGGUAAUACUGUUAAUUUUCCGUGUUGAUUUUGCUUUUUUUGUGUUCCUACUGGGCCAUCGAGAUCUAGGUAGUAAAUAUAUAAUCAAAAAGUUUCACAGUAAAUAAUUCCUCCACUGAUCUAUGCCUGGAUUGCCGAUUUUUGUUACUACUUAAAUCUACAAAACUGAUAAGCAUAUACUUAUCUAGCAAUAAAAGUAUGUAUGUUUAAGUGAAUAGUAUAUA